AAGAUGCCCUUGGAGCUGACUCAGAGCCGAGUGCAGAAGAUAUGGAUUCCUAUCGACCAUCGCCCCUCUUUGCCCAGAUCCUGUGGACCGAAGCUGACCAACUCCCCCACAGUGAUUGUCAUGGUUGGCCUCCCAGCCAGGGGGAAAACUUACAUCUCCAAGAAGUUAACUCGCUACCUCAACUGGAUUGGCGUUCCAACGAAAGUAUUCAAUGUGGGGGAGUAUCGCCGGGAGGCUGUGAGGCAAUACAGAUCCUACGACUUCUUUCGCCCUGACAACGAAGAGGCCAUGAGAGUCCGGAAGCAGUGUGCCUUAGCUGCCCUGAGAGAUGUCAAAACGUACCUGACACAGGAAGGGGGCCAAAUUGCGGUUUUCGAUGCCACCAAUACUACUAGAGAGAGGAGACACAUGAUCCUUCAUUUUGCCAAAGAAAAUGAUUUCAAGGUGUUUUUCAUUGAGUCUGUGUGUGAUGACCCAACGGUUGUUGCUUCCAACAUCAUGGAAGUGAAAAUCUCCAGCCCAGAUUACAAACACUGCAACUCUGCAGAAGCCAUGGAAGACUUCAUGAAGAGAAUUAACUGCUACGAAGCCAGCUACCAGCCCCUUGACCCUGAUAAAUGCGACAGGGACCUGUCACUUAUCAAGGUGAUUGAUGUGGGCCGGAGGUUCUUGGUGAACAGAGUCCAGGACCACAUCCAGAGCCGAAUUGUGUACUACCUGAUGAACAUCCAUGUGCAGCCCCGUACCAUCUACCUGUGUCGGCAUGGGGAGAAUGAGUAUAACCUCUUGGGGAAGAUUGGUGGCGACUCCGGCCUCUCUGUCCGAGGCAAGAAGUUUGCCAAUGCCCUGAGCAAAUUUGUCGAGGAACAGAACCUGAAAGACCUCAAGGUGUGGACCAGCCAGCUGAAAAGUACCAUCCAGACAGCAGAAGCCCUUAAACUUCCUUAUGAACAGUGGAAGGCACUCAAUGAAAUUGAUGCUGGUGUUUGUGAGGAGAUGACCUAUGAGGAGAUCAAGGAGACCUACCCUGAGGAGUAUGCCCUGCGAGAACAGGACAAAUACUAUUAUCGCUACCCCACUGGAGAGUCCUACCAAGACCUGGUUCAGCGCCUGGAGCCGGUGAUCAUGGAGCUGGAGCGGCAGGAGAAUGUGCUGGUGAUUUGCCACCAGGCUGUCCUACGUUGCCUUCUGGCCUACUUUUUAGAUAAAAGUGCAGAGGAGAUGCCUUACCUGAAAUGCCCUCUCCACACAGUGCUGAAGCUGACACCUGUUGCUUAUGGUUGCCGGGUAGAAUCCAUCUAUUUGAAUGUGGAGUCCGUGAGCACACACCGGGAAAGGUCAGAGGAUGCAAAGAAGGGACCUAACCCGCUCAUGAGACGCAAUAGUGUCACCCCACUAGCCAGCCCUGAGCCCACCAAAAAGCCUCGCAUCAACAGCUUUGAGGAGCAUGUGGCUUCUACUUCUGCUGCCCUGCCCAACUGCCUGCCCCAGGAGGUGCCCACGCAGCUGUCCGGACAACCUUUGCUAGGGAAAGCCUGUUUACGAACAGUCUGUCACAUUUUCUCAAAGUUUUCUCCUUACUAA